AUGACUUCAGACUUGGAUUCCAGUUUGACAAGCAUUGACUGGUUACCCCAACUGGGAAUCAGCACCCUCCGCUCCGGCAAAGAGAGAGGGGAGAGGGAGAGAAAGAGAGAGCGAGUGAGAGAAAGAGACAUCCCUCCGUCCAUCCCCACAUCCUCUCCUCCUUCAAACUCCAAAGGGAAGCCCCCCCACAGUUACGCCACCCUCAUCGCCAUGGCGAUAAGCUCCGCCCCCGAGAAGAAGCUGAGCUUGAACGACAUCUACACAUGGAUCAGCGACACGUUCCCCUACUACAGCAGGGCGGGCCGCGGAUGGAAGAACUCCAUCCGACACAACCUGUCUCUCAACAAAUGCUUCCGGAAAGUUCCUCGACCACAAAAUGACCCAGGAAAGGGCUCCUAUUGGACUAUGGACAGUCCACCUGACACACCUGAACCCCAAGCCCAGCCCAGAGGAGUCAAACGUCCGUAUCCUAAAGAAGAAGAAGAGGAGGAGGUCGAAGUCCCUCAGAUACCCCCAUCUCAGGAGAACAAGCCACAUGCUGUUCCUCACCAGGAGCUGAAUCCGGCCGUGCCCCCCCAGAAAAGCAUAAUGACCCCCCCUCCGUGCAAGUCGUCCCCAGUGCUCCCCUCUUCCCAGUCCUCCGUCGACGCCCCGCUCCGUUUCUCCUUCUCUGACCUGGAUCUCCCCGAUCUCUACGCCUCCUUCCAGUCUCUCUGCCGCAGCAUGAGAGAGAGAGUCUCCUCGCACUCGGACAGCCUCACUAUCCCUGGGAUGACCAACGACAGUGCUCCUCUGCACACACCAACCCUCCUUCCACUCUCUCCCAAUCCAUGCCCAAACCCCAAACCAAAUCCUAAUCCCAAUGCCAAUCCCAACAUUAAUCCCAACCCAAACUGUAACCCAAACUUUAACUCUAACCAAAACUUUUUGCCCAAUCCCAAUCUCAGUCUCAAUCCCAAUCCAAAUCCCAAUCCCAAUCCCAAUCCCAAUCCAAAUCCAAACACUAACCCAAACUCUGAAGCAGACAAACUCAUAAACAACGUUGUUCCUGCGGACUGGUUCACUAACACAGACUCUCUGAGGCAGAGUUUUCGAAUUGCCAGCAGCCUGGACUGGUCUAACAUAGACCUCACUUCCCAUCCAGACCUGGUGGAAAGCAUGAGGCAAGCGGAGCUCUGUGAUUGGGCGCUGGAUCCCGCCCUCUUCACCUCGCUCUGCGAUUCGCUCAACCGCUUCUUCACUCAGAAAGGUUUGAUUGGUUCCUCUUCUGGGACGACCUCGUCCCUGAAUCAGCUAGCCCCGCCCCCUCUCAGCGUCCCCUCGGCCGCGCCCCCGUCAGCGGCAGGCCUGACGCACCCUUCAGCGCAGGCGUACCCCACCCAGACCCCCAGCUAUGCAGCAGGACCAAGGCGGACCCUGACCCCCCAGGGACAAAAUCAAAUUCUCCACAGACAUGACGUCCCCCAGACGGCCACUAACCCACUUCUCCAACCUAACGCGCACCCAGAUUCCAGCCAGAGAAUCCGACCGCCGAUGAAACACACCAACAGUGAGGAGAUUCCAGACGAGUUCAACUGGGAUUUGAUUGCCUGA